CGGCACGCCAGGCGAGCGCGACUCGCAAGCGGCGCGAAGUGAGCCGCGCGUGUCGUAAAGUCACUCAAGAUUCGAAUAUCCCGCCGCGUUCGAACGCCGGGGAUCGCGCGCGCUCCCAGUAAUCUCGCGGAACUCCGCGACCCGCAAUCGUGAAUUCGCGAGUGUGCUGUGCAAACGCAGUCGGCGUGAGAGCGGUCGAGUGACUUCUAGCGAUGCGCCUGCAUGGAACGAGGAUGUCGCGGAAGGAGGAGGACGAUCUAACGAUCGAUCAUGUACGUCGCUGAGGAGCUCCAUUUUCUGUCACAUCCAACUCACGAGUUGUCCGAUAUACGCUAUGGAGGUGCGAACGGAAAGACCACGGACCGCCGGUCGAAUAGCACCAACCGGAAGAGUAACACCGACGGUGCAUCAAACCGGUGGAGGUCGAAGAAAAGCAAUACCGGUUCCGCCACCGAGAGUGCCGACGCCAAUGCCCAUCGUAAAUAAUAAUCAACAACGGAACAAUGCCAACGUUGUCGUCCCGCCCACUGUACCGGCCGUGUUGAAGAAAGAGCCGCAAGAGAAUAUUGCCCGGAUAGCGAAACGGUACCUCGACGAUAACAUGCAGCAGGCGUGGAUCAAUCCUCGUCUAAUAUCGAUGAUCUUAGCUGAUAAAUGUGGAAGCGGUGACUUUAAUCAAUUCGGUUUCAACACCUAUAAUUACUCGCAGUUUGAAGAGAAAUACAAGCCGCGGCAAAUUUUUAAAUAUGGCGACGAGUACCUCGAAUACGGACAUAAGCUCGGCGCUAACGAGAGAUUCGCGCGAACGAAGUACCAAGACGGUUUAAGAUUCGAUCAACGAUACUCACGCAGCCAUUCUCAACCGGAACGGCAGCAUCACUUGUCUCAAGAGACACGCUCGAAGUCCCAGGAUUCCCGCGAGCUCACGUUCUAUCAGAUAGACCCGCCUGUAAAAUUGGAAAAUCCACGGCAACAUGACAAGUCGCAUCAGAAGCUAAAGAAGGAAUUGACCUUUUACGGGAUCGAUGGACUCCCAUCCGGUCAGGAGAGGAGGGAUAAGUCUGAGGCGUGCAAGGAGCGUAUUGAUAAGGGUAUCAAGUCCCACGACAAGUCCCACGCCGAUGGUCAAGAGAGAUCGCAGAUCGCAAAGCACGGCAAACAGAGUCAUCAGGAGCAGCAGAAGAUGUUGAUGAACGCGCUAACGUCGGACUACCAUCAGCUGAACCGGUCACAGUCGGAUCUCACGGAGUGUCAACUGCCGAAUUACUGCGGGCACCGGAAUAAUCCGUAUAUCGAUCCGCCCAAGUAUCGACAGUUUGACAGGCCGCCACGCUAUCAGGAGACCCCACUGAAAUCGGAACCGCCACCCAAGUAUCACGCCGAUCCGCCUAAGUACGCCGAGGUGUCCAGACGGCAGGAUGACUUUAAGAGGAUCCAGGAGGAGAGAGGCAAACGACAAGGUGGCGGUGGCGAGGGCGGUGGUAGUGGCGGCGGCGGAGGCGGUAAUUCCAACGCAGGAAGGGGGAACACCGGCACUCAUGGCGCCGAGACGCCCUCUAAUCUGGCCAGUAUCACGCCGACCGCGCGAGACGUAACACGUGUUGUGGUUGGGCGACAACGUUUCUCUCAUAAUACGUGUGACGUACGCAGCAAUAACAAUAACAACAAUAAUAACAACAACAAUAGCAAGGAGAACCUGUUGCAAGAAAGCAGAAUUGACAGCGAUUCCCGGUGUCACAUCGAAUCUUUAAAGGGUCAUCAUCAUCAUCAUCAUCAUCAUCAUCACCAUCAUCAUCAGCAACACUAUCAGACUCGUGGAAUAGAUGGUAGCAACGUUGUUGCUAGCGGGAUCGUUGGUAAUGUCUUCUCAGACGGUGGUGGCGGUGGCUCGUACGGCGAGGUAACAACGUGCGACAAGUACAAGGGCACCGGGUCGGAAUCGAAUCGGGGCGGUAACAGCGACGCGGUUCAAGGUCGCCCAAGCGAGAGAUCCAUGCUGAAGAUUGAGAAGAUAUCGGGAAAGACCGCUCUGCACGGCGGCAGCGAGUCAGCGGUCGGUAAGUGCGGCGCGGAGAGAAUGAAGUCGACCACGCAGGAGGUCGGCUACAACAAGCACGAGGUCAGCAAGGCCAAGGGCCACGAUGUCGGACACGGUUACAAAGUCGAGAAUCUGCGUUACUACGGUGAAUUGAAGGGCUACGCCGAUUUUAAGGCUUACGGUACCGUGGACAAGCAGCCGGCAUCCGUACCGGUAUCCGCGCACGAGAAGUCGCAUCUUCUGGGCCCACAUGGGCCCACCUCGUGCGAGAAGGGCGACAAGUGUCACGGCAAGGCGCCGUCCUCGUCCACGCAGAGUUAUAACCUGGCCAAGAUCGGUCAACAGCAGACGGAGAAGAGUCACCACAGCGGCGAUCAUUAUUAUCACAGAUCGUCACAUUCAAAGUCGCCGAACAUGUAUCAGGUGUAUCAGGAGACCAAGUACUCGUACAAUGUGAGCGGGGUGCCCGGGACGCCGGCGCAGGCCAGCGCAGCCGCGGCCUUCUUCGCAAGGGCAGCUCAAAAACUGAAUUUGUCGUCGAGUCCGCAUCGUAGACGACGUUCCGGCGAUGAAAACAUCGGAUCUGACGAGUUGCCUAUCUUUCCCAAUGGAUAUGCUGCGCUCCUUCUCAAGUCACCACCUCCGGCACCUCCCGCCCUUCUCAGGAGGAUAGGCGUAAAGGAGCUCACCGGGGUCGGCAAGGUAAGCCCUUAUCGAUAUCGCAGCCUCGGGCGCAGACGACGAAGUUUCAGUCGCUACUUCGGAAAAUACCGACCAUGAAUUUCUUCAGCCGAUCGCUUCCAUCACAGCAACGGCAAAAUCCAUAUAGACAUUUCC